CAGAUAAAUUUUCUGAUUUAUCAAAAAAUAAAGAAAAAAUAGAAGUUGAAUUUCCAGAAUUAAAUGUUGUUGAAGAGAUGGUAGGUGUUAUUAGUAGAACGAUUCAACCUAUAAAUUUUGAUUCAGCAAGAGAAAGACAACGUGAAAAUUACAAUAAGUGGACAAGAAUAUUAAAGAGUAUGAAAGAUGAAAUGAAUAUUAAUAACCUUGAAGAUGGAAAUAAUUGGGAUCAAAUGAUACAAUAUUUUGAUUGGAGUAUAUUACCAAAUAAUUAUCAACAGAUGACACAAUUAUAUCGUAUGAUAUUGUAUUAUAAAAAAAUGUUAGAAAGAGUUCUUGCGAAUCUACAAAUAACUUACGAAUAUACUCAAACUAUAUUAAUAACCAAUAACAUUAAACCAAAUACAGAAGAAGAUAUAAUAGUAAGAAGAUUAAAUCAUGUUAGAUGGAUGUUUCAACAAAUACAUACUGGUUUUGCUAUGACUAAAAUAGUUAAUGAUGCAAAAAUAUUAUAUGAUAGAUGGAAUGUUUACAUUUCAGCUAAUAUAGAUGAUGAUAAUUAUUUUCAGUAUAAAAGUAAAACAGAAGAAUAUUUAGCAAUGAUAUUUGCAGAAUAG